AACAAUCUCAUCUUUUCUCCUCUUGUUCUAAGUGUUUUCAUUUGGGUUUGAGGGGAAUGGAGGUGUCAGUUAAAUGUGGGUUAUUUGGGUGCCUCUUGGUUGUGCUCGUGCCUGCGCUGUGCUACUCUCAAGACACUUUUGUCGCCUCUAGAGCCACUUAUUAUGGCAGCCCUGAUUGCUAUGGGACACCAUCUGGGGCUUGUGGAUUUGGUGAAUUCGGUAGGACUGUCAAUAAUGGGAAUGUCGCUGCAGUUUCCUAUCUCUUUAGGAAUGGCUCUGGCUGUGGUGCAUGCUACCAGGUUAGGUGCACCAAUCCAACUUAUUGCAGUGAGAAUGGAGCCUAUGUAGUGGUGACUGACCAUGGUGAAGGGGAUUACACUGACUUUAUCAUGAGCCCAAGAGCUUAUGCAAAUUUAGCACAUCCAAACACAGCCUUAGAAUUGUUCUCUAACGGUGUGGUUGAUGUAGAAUUCAGAAGGGUUUCAUGUCGAUACCCUAAUUACAACACGGUCAAAUUUAAGGUCCAUGAGCAUAGUCGAUACCCCGACUACUUAGCCAUUAUCCUCAUCUAUGUGUCGGGCAAAAACGACAUCUCCGCCGUUGAAGUGUGGCAGGAGGAUUGCAAGGAAUGGAAGGGGAUGAGGAGAGCACAUGGAGCUGUAUGGGACAUGGCAAACCCACCAAAAGGAGACCUAAAGUUGAGGUUUCAAGUGAGUGGAAGUGUAGGGUAUGGUAGGUGGGUGGUGGCAAGCAAUGGCCUCCCAAGCUAUUGGAGGGCAGGAGUUGCUUAUGACACAGAUAUUCACCUCUUUUAAUAAGGGCUACAUGCAUUUCUACUUAAUUACAACGCCCUUAAGUGCUUGUGUUUAGGAAGGUUUAUAUUAAAGUUGUGAUUUUGAUUUUGAUUGUUAUAGUUUGUGGGUAUUGGUAGUGGUUGAGUGGUGCAAUUAUAAUAUAUUGUUUUUGUGUCGUAAAAGGAAUUAUGAAUAAAAGUUCGUUUUUGUUUAUGGAUC